CACCUAUUUCGGGUAACUAGUUCACCACUAGUACACCAUGUGUGGACGAUAUGCCUUCUACCAGCGACCUUCAGAGAUUCGCAGGCAACUCGAGGAUGCACACAUGCCUGUGGACGACUGCCCAAAUGAUGAAGGAUCUCGCCAGACGUAUAACUUUCCUCCAGGAGCCAUUGGAAUCGUUUAUCGUGCUGAUGUUCCAGACUACGGUGCUGGGCCAAGUACGAAACAUGGAAGAAAGAAAAGCGAUUCAACAGAAAAGGGCGUUCAUGACGAAGUCAAAGAAGAGCCUGAAUAUGACACCGAGGUCAUAAACUUGCCACAUCCACAUAAAGAUGUGCGAUACAAGCUUCAGUUUAUGAAGUGGGGUCUUGUACCUUCAUGGACGAAGCGCUCACCGGACUACCCUACCAUAUUACGAACUAUCAACGCUCGCGACGACUCCCUUAUGGAGAAUCGUGGCCUGUGGAACGUGCCGAAACGUAGAAAGCGAUGCAUCGUGCUCGCUCAGGGCUUCUAUGAGUGGCUCAAAAAGAACAAUGGCAAGGACAGGAUACCCCACUACAUCAAACGGAAAGACAAUCAGCUCAUGUGUAUGGCGGGACUGUGGGACUGCGUCAGAUACGAGGACUCAGACGAAAAGCAGUACACGUAUACAAUCAUCACUACAGAGGCAAACAAGCAAAUCAGCUUUUUGCACGACCGCAUGCCGGUGAUCUUCGAUAACGGUUCGGACGCCAUGCGCAAGUGGUUGGACCCAAAUCGAUAUGAAUGGACUAACGAGCUGCAAUCUCUCCUUAAACCUUUUGAAGGUGAGCUUGAAAUCUAUCCCGUCAACAAAGACGUGGGCAAAGUCGGCAACAAUUCGCCCUCAUUCGUCGUACCCCUUGACAGCGCGGCGAACAAGAGCAACAUUGCCAACUUCUUUGGAAAUCACGCCAAGAAGGCCAAAAACGCAGAAACAACACAGAAUGUGAUCAAAACAGAGAAAGACGUUGAAUUGGAGAGUGGGCAAGUGCAACAACAGUCUAGAAAAGAGCCCGAGGCGAUCAAGGCUGAGAUGGUCAAAUCGGAUGUUCCAUCGGCUGGAGAUACACUGCGUGGCAUCAAACGGGAAUUCAGCGACGAGGUUGCGGAAGAUAACAGGAGCUUGUUUUCACCGGAGAAGACGCCGACGCUGGAAUCUCCUCGCUCUACAAAGCAGCUAAAGAUGUCCCCUAUUAAACAAUCGCCGAAGAAAAUGAGGAGCGCAACAAGCAAUGGGUCUGCCGGCAAGGGAGGAAGCCCAGCCAAGUCAGAUCGGGGCACACAGAAAAUCACCAAGUUUUUUGGGAAGUGAAGAGUAUCUGAUACGAAAUUUGGGCCGUAAAGAAAUAACGCCAUUACGUAGCACUCAAUUGAAACCCUUUUCGUGGUGCGAA